AGGCAAUAGCCAAAAGAACUUGCAUUAUAAUGACCAUAGAUAUAUUUUAUAAGCACUAUAAAUUAAGGAUUACAAAAUAAAGUAGCUCUCAAUAUACUUAUCAUUGUUUAUAUGUAGUUUGACUUGACAAGUGUUUUAACUUUAUAUUAUCUAAAACAUGCAUUAUGACUUAUUAAUAUAGCUGCGCUGUAAAAUAAGUUCUUGUUUGUAAUGUUGAUAUCAAUGUUAACGAAGAUAACGAUUUGAUAAAAAAGGUCCGAUGGCUGCAAUAAGAAAAAAAUUGGUGAUAGUUGGUGACGGAGCCUGUGGAAAAACCUGUCUUCUAAUAGUUUUUAGUAAAGAUCAGUUUCCCGAGGUAUACGUACCUACAGUUUUCGAAAAUUAUGUGGCGGAUAUUGAGGUGGACGGUAAGCAGGUAGAACUCGCCUUGUGGGAUACCGCAGGACAAGAGGAUUACGACCGUCUGCGACCCCUAUCAUAUCCAGACACAGAUGUAAUUUUGAUGUGCUUCUCAGUUGAUUCUCCAGAUUCGUUAGAAAAUAUCCCGGAAAAAUGGACUCCCGAGGUAAAACACUUUUGCCCGAAUGUACCCAUUAUUCUAGUUGGGAAUAAAAAAGAUCUACGUAAUGAUCCGAAUACAAUCAACGAACUCAAAAAAAUGAAACAGGAACCAGUAAAGCCUCAAGAUGGAAGGUCCAUGGCAGAAAAAAUUAACGCUUUUGCAUAUUUGGAAUGUUCUGCUAAAAGUAAGGAAGGUGUCAGAGAAGUAUUUGAAAAUGCUACUAGAGCUGCAUUGCAAGUGAAAAAGAGGAAGAAGCAUCGUUGUGUAAUAUUUUAAGAAACUUUAUAUUCUAUAUUUCAUAUUAAUCGUUGUGUGUUAAUAAUUUGAAGGGGGCUUCUGCAUGAUGUAUUGACUAACAAAAUAAACCCCUUUUUUCUUUUUUUAGUUCUAUUCUAUUUUUAUUUUUGUCAUUAAAGUGGACUACUGUUUAUUUUAGUUAUUAUCAUUUGUAUCUAACCAUUUUUUGUGGCUAGAGUUAGAGUUACAAAACCUAAUUACAUACUUAAAUGAUAUUUUCAUUUAAUAAACAUACACAACGAUUUAACACAAACAUAUCUAGUUGAAAACCUGUCAAUAUUUAGUAUAUUUUUGUUACAAAUGAUUGUUUUUCACUGAAUUUGUAUUUAUGUGAAAUAGAAAUUUAUUAUUCAUCCAUGUUUUAUUUUAAAAAUCACGUAUUUUUACAAUUAGAAAGAGUUGAAAUAAUCAGAAAAAUUGAUUUCUUAUAAAAAGCUUGUGAGUUUCUCUAAAUAUUGAAUAUAAUCAAGUAGGAAUGUAACUCUAACGUAGUUUCCAUUUUACUUUCAACGAUUAUCAAAAGUGUCAUGUGCACAAAAUGUACAAACGUCCACUUAGGUCAUCUAUAGUACUAAUUAAAAUAUACAACCAACAAAUUAUUCAUUUUAUAUAAUAUAUACAAGGUGAUCCAGAAUUAAGUGCUGGUAUUUCACUACAAUUUGACUCCAUGAUUUUUUUUAUUAAUAAUACAAUAAAAAAUAUAUAUAAAAGCUGUUCAAAUUGGUAAAAUUUUUUCAAAAACCAUUUCACAAUAUAAAACAUGUUGGUGUGGAAAAUAUAUUGAGUACAUUCUCAUUUUUUACAAUGACUUUUUUAAUAGCUACUUUUUUCAUAAAUAUAUGGACUUGUCUCUUAUUUUGAAAACUAUUACAAAUUUUUAAUAAUUGUGAAUAUUUUGAGCAAUUUUUUCCAAUUUACUUAUUUAUUUCUCCAGUAGGUUUUUAUGUGGUAAUUUUUUAAAAAUUGUUGAGAUAUUUAAUUGAAGCUUUAGACGAAUAUAUAUUUGAAAUUAUUAGGAAGAGUGCUACCAAAAAUAGGUUUUUCAAAAGUUGUAGUUGCAUUCAAUUUAUUAUCCACAUUGUAAAUAUAUUCGAUUUUUGUAUCUUUUUUGUACAAAGUUAAAUGGAAGAUCAAUUUGAAGAAGAGAAAUCUGGUACAUUAAUUCCUAUAGCUGAUAGUAUGUCCAAAAAUAAACUUUUUUCUUAAAUAAUAAGAAUAAUAUAACUCUUUGAAAGGGUAAAUUGAGAACUUUUUUUUACAAUAGUUGUCCAAAUAGAUUUGAUUAACGAGCUCCGUUAAUACACUAAGAUAAUUUCAUGUCUCAACUACAUCAUAUCAUAUUAACCCAGGAUAAUAUCGGUGGGUGGGUUGGAAGGAAUUAUUUUCAAAAUUGUUUCCUCUGCUUAAAAGAUGCUGUGUUAAUACUUCAAUAUAUAUCAUUGUCGAUAUAUUUAAACUCGAAGAUAUAAUGCAACUAAUUAGUGUCUCAAUUUACAAUUUUAACCCGUUGACUGCCAAGCACAAAAUAACUCAUAAAGUUUUUUUGAAAAGCCUACAUUUUCUAUACAUUUCAGUGAUGAUUUAAAUUAGUAUUUUUAAUUAUGAAAUUAAAGGGGUGUUCUGGUCUAGAAUACUAAAUUUGGCUUCUACUAUCCAUUUUUUUAUGAUUUUUAUUAAUUUUUUGAAAAUGUAAUAAAAAAUUGUAAACAAAACAGAAUUUUAAUGAAUUACAGGGCGAUAAAGUGGGGGCUACAAAAAAAACGGUGCACCUUGGUUGACAUGAUUCCAACUCUUGUAGUGAUCUAAAACAAAAAAAUGAUUUUGACAUGAAAUAUUUUUUUGACCUUUUCAAAAUUUUUAAAAAUACUCAAAAUUGAAAUUUUUUAAAAUCCAAGCUACACGCGAUAGAGAGAUAUAGUAGUUUCCAGAAAAUUUGAGAAACAAAAAGUUUACAAAACAAUAACUCGUUCCACUCGUCCAGCUUAGAUGCUAUUUCACAAAAUCUACUGUAUCUCCAUCCAUCUAAUGAAUUUUUAAAAAUCCGUUCAAGGAGACAUUCUUAAGGGUCUAAACAUUGGAAAUAUGCAAAAAAAAUGUUUUUUUUUAAAUUUCUAGAUCAGUAUACCCCUAUAAAUAAAACUGUGAAAAUUGCAUUGGCAGUUAACGUGUUAAAAUCUUGAUUUUCCCUUAUUUUUAGACGUAGUAUGUUCUCUAGAAAUUAAUGUUAAUAGUUCAGGACCACCUUUUAUUUUUAUUAAAUAUGUAUUCCAAACAAUUUAUUUUAAGAAAAUUAUAUAAUUUACAGAUAUUCAAAUUAAAACCCGUGGUUAUAGCGUUCAUCCUAAGGCCUUAUUAUUACAGUAUUUUUAACACAAAUCCUGUUGCAAGUCAUAAAUAUUUCUCAUUAGUUGUAUACAGUUGAAAACUAAUUAUUCCAAACAUAAACAAAUUAUAUAAUUACACAACUUUCCACAUUCCUCGACCAUUCUGACGAUCGACAAUAUUGCUAGGUCGUGAAGACAUACUAUGAUCCUUGGGUGCAAAAAUAUACACACACAUGUGAUAAAUCCGCGAAUGGAUCCACCACCUUCUGUCAUUUUGACAGGUCUGGUCUUCCUUCAUCUCCUCUGAGUUCUAAGGGAGAGUCUAUCUAUUUAAGAGUUGGCUAUACAUUCUUGUCUUCUUAGUCUGGACGUUUUAAUGUGUGUGUGUUUUAGUUGCCUCGUAAACCCUCUUAACCUUCUUUGGUAAGAAAAGAUCUAAUCCGAGUGGUCCUUAGUGCAACAAUAUCUGUAUUAAAAAUACUUUAUAUUGUUACGUUUGUGUCUAAAUCGAGUUUGAUAAGAAUCUAGUGGAUUAAAGACUUAUUCUGAAAGCUUUGUGACCACCGUCUUUAAAGAUACCAUGUUAGUUGGUUUUUGGUACCUAAUUAUUUUUGUUAUAAAUUUCGACAAGCAUAAAUUUACAAAUAACAAUGGAUAUUUUUAAUUAUUCAUGAUAUACUUUAUUCUGCUUAAUGUAGUAGUUAUCAGUAUAAAAUUAUCAAAACAUUUCCUUGAACAAUUUGUGAUAAGUAGGAUGUUGUUGAAAGGAGAUUAAUUUAUGCUUAAUUUAAAUUUAUUUAAAAAAUAAUGGAAUGUACUUUCUAAAAUGGUUUCUUUUCUGUAUUCUUUUGGUAAUUAUCUAGAUUAGGUUACACCCAUCUGAUAUACAGAACCAUCCCUUCAGGUAAUUUUUUUCGUUCGAAGAAUCAAAUAAUUGAAAUAAUUUUUUAGUAAUUGUAAUAUUUAAAUGGAUCCUUGAAAGAAAUAAAAUGGGGGGCAGAUUAGGACAGUGUAAAAAAUUAGUUUAAAGUUUGAACAACGCCCUCCCUUUCCCCAAAUCCUUUUACCCAUCUUAACUAUCGAUUAUUAUAAAACAAUCGUUGAAUUUGAUUAAAUUAUUACUCAAAAAUUAAUAGUUGACAAACCGGUAGGGUUUGGGGAGGGAAGGGGGAUGUUUAAAGUUUAGGCCAAUUUUAUUACACUGUCCUAUUCUGUCUCCCUUUUAUUUCUUUCAAGAAUUAACUUAAAUAUUACCAUCACUAAAAAAUUAUUACAAUUAUUUGGUUCUUUGUUUUUUUUUUCCAACCUCCAACUCGUUUUCUACGGGGAUGACCUCAACGAGUUGACAGAAUGAUUAAAGAAAACCGCAGUUUCACCAUUACUGCUUUGUCUAUGGAAUUUUCAGAAGUUUUAAGAAGGUAUUAAAAAGCUUGUCCACAAAUAUGACAAAUGUCUCAAUCUCUUUGGUGAUUAUGUCGAAAAGUACCAAUGUUUUGGUAAUAAAAUUAUUGUUUCAUAUGAA